GCGGAUAAUUGAUCCGAACCACAACCUUCUAUCCAGACCCGAUUUGAGGUGAAGUGUUCUUCUUUUCCUUUCCCAUAUUAUGGGUCUCUCAGUUGAAGCAGAGAACAAAGCCGCGAACAUGGAGAGUGGUGAAAUCCCAGAAAACGCCAACGAGCAUUGCCCAGGACCCCGAUCAGAGUCUGCCGGAAAAUCCGACACUUGUCAAGGCUGCCCUAAUCAAGAAGUUUGUGCUACUACCCCUAAAGGCCCCGACCCAGAUUUGGUUGUAAUUGCAGAAAGAAUGGCUACUGUUAAGCAUAAGAUACUAGUUUUAUCAGGGAAAGGUGGAGUUGGCAAGAGCACAUUUUCUGCCCAACUAUCAUUCGCUUUAGCAGCUAUGGACUUCCAAGUGGGUCUCCUUGACAUUGAUAUUUGUGGUCCGAGCAUUCCAAAGAUGCUUGGCCUAGAAGGUCAAGAUGUUCACCAGAGCAACCUUGGCUGGUCUCCUGUUUAUGUUGAGUCCAACCUUGGGGUCAUGUCGGUUGGAUUCAUGCUUCCUAACCCUGAUGAAGCUGUUAUAUGGAGGGGUCCACGCAAGAAUGGGCUCAUUAAGCAAUUCCUGAAGGAUGUGUACUGGGGCGAACUUGAUUUUUUGGUUGUUGAUGCUCCUCCUGGGACCUCAGACGAGCACAUCUCAAUUGUCCAACUGCUUGAGGCUACGGGAAUAGAUGGUGCCAUUAUAGUCACCACACCACAACAAGUUUCCUUGAUUGAUGUGCGGAAAGAAGUGAGUUUCUGCAAGAAAGUUGGAGUUCAGGUUCUCGGCGUCGUUGAGAACAUGAGCGGUUUGUGCCAGCCGAUGAUGGAUUUCAAGUUUAUGAGGAUGUCAGAGACAGGUGAACAUAGAGAUGUUACUGAGUGGGUUAAGGAAUACGUGAGAGAAAAAGCACCAGAACUUCAAAAUUUGAUUGCUUGCAGCGAAGUUUUUGAUAGCAGUGGUGGUGGUGCGGAAAAAAUGUCUAGGGAAAUGGGUGUACCUUUUCUUGGGAAAGUACCAUUGGAUCCGCAGCUAUGCAAGGCAGCUGAAGAAGGUAGAUCCUGCUUCAUUGAUCAGAAAUGUGGGGUGAGCGCUCCUGCACUGAAGAUGAUCAUAGAAAAAUUGAUUGAAAAUCAUGGGUUCUCAAGAAUGUUGGUAGAUGAUUGUGCAUAGGCGGUUCGCUUCAUCUUGCGGUCCAUGGGAUUAAAAAUUUUGUUUGUGCGUUCUUCUGUUUCAUUUGUUUAUGGCGUUUAUAUAGGUUUGGGUUAGUUUGUAUCAACAGAGUUGUUUAUAACAUGACUUCUUUGUGAAUAUAACGAUAACCAGUUGCAAUUGGGGUUGCUUGACCA